AUUUUCUUUCCUAACUUUUUUUAAAAAAAAUUAAAAAAUAUAUGAUUACUAAUUUUCACAUAAAAUAGAAAUUAAAAAAAAAGUAAUUGAUAAAUAUAUAAAAAAUACAUCAUAUCAUUUCAAAUAUAAUGUCAUUACCGUAUCUCAUUUGUGAUUAAUAUUAUAUUCAAAGUUGUCAUCGUCAUCUUAUCUCACUUAUAGUCAAAUUAUUAAUUGUUAGUUUUUAUGUAUUAGGAGUUUUUAGAAUUACAUCCACGUAUAUAUAUACUAGAUAGAUGUUACAUAUCAAGUCACGUAUGUUAAUUUUAUUUUAGUUUUUAAUUUUUUUAAUAUCAUAAUUUUAAAAUUAAUAAUAUUCAAUGUAGUGAUAAUCAUUGAAAUUUGAAAGCAUAGUGAUUUAAAUUAAUAAAAACAAAAAUUACUACUUUGUAAUAAUUAAAAAAAAUAUUAUUCGUCCUAAAUUUAUCUUCGAAAUUAAUGAAAAUGUUCGUUAAACUAUCAAAACAUUUAAAUUUAAUUUAAAAUAAUAUUUAAAAUUUAACUAAUUCUAAAUAUCAAGAUUUGAAAAUAAUUUUUAAUAAAAAAAUAAACAAUAUGAACAAAUUUAUUAUUAAUUAAUUAUAUUUAGGUUUAAAUAACUACUGACCACGUGGCAACAUCUAAUAAUUUCUUAUUUUUUUAUUUAAAAAAAAAGUCACCCACUAAUUUCUCAUAAACCAAGAAUUCUGUUAUAUAGCCACAUUUUAUAUAGAAUAGAUAAUAUAAUAUUUGUAUAAUAAAUUAAUUGGACAUAACAAUUAAUAAAAACAACAAUAAUUAAUUAUAUGCAUUGUAUAUAUGGUAGCCAUUAUCUUUUAAAGUCAUAAUAAUAGUGAUGACAACUUUGUAAAAGAACUUUGGUAAAAAAAAAUUAAGAAAGAUAAAAAAUGUGAUGCUUUCAUUUUUAUACCAAAGUGUACCGUUUUGGGUACCGUUUUCAAUUUAAUUCAUUUUUUUAAAAAAAAAUAAAUUGAAAAAGCUGACUGACGUGUGUGAUGUGUGCUGACGCCAUAAUAUCACGUCCUUCACGUCUUCUGUUGCUGCAGGCUUCAACUGUUCAGGCGCCCAAUUUUUUGCAGUUGUAAUUCAAAUUGCAGUCAGUUUUUAAAGGUUUAUAAUCAUUAUUUUCUCUUAUUUUUUAUAUUUUAUUUUACGAUUUUUAUGGUUUUUUAGGUGUUUGUAUAAAUAGGUAAAGUUUGUUUAUAAAUAUACAUUUUCAGUUUUAUUUGCUCUGUUUUCCUUUUAUGCAGAGUAUACGGGUUAGGGUUUCAUCUUCUUGGGGUGGUUUAUUUUCGUGUUAGUAAGAGUGUUUGAGUGCAUCAUUUUCGUUUAUUGUCUUGGUGUUCUUAUCAUCUGUAAACUUAAAAAAUGGUUAAAACUCGUUCUUCAAUUUCUCCUUCUCAUUCUAUAAAGAUAGCUCCUGAUAAGAAAAAAAUGGAUAAUGUUUCUGAUGAUGGAGAUCGUGAUGAUUCUGAUCAUUCUGGUGGAUCAUUUGAUGGUAGCCGUAGCUCUGCAUUGCAAACCAAGAGGAAAAGAGUUGUUGAGAAAGUGAAGAAGGAAGAUGUUCGAAAUAUGAAAAAGAUGAAGCAAGUUGCUGAAGAUUUGCCUGAGGAUUAUGAUAGUGAAGACUUGGAGGUUGAAGUUCGUAAUGAUUUGAAGGAAUGGGAUUUAUAUUUCAAGCCUGGUGAAAAGAUUCAGGGAAAAGUGAUGUUAUUCCCUAAUCAAGAUAACAUUGUUGUCAAAAAUAUCAAUUCCAAGUUGACUAAAGAUCAACGUAAGCUUUUUCAUGAUACUUGUUUUGGUUAUUUUUUAGAUAGUCAUCCUGUUGGUUUUCAGUCUCAACUAGUUCAUAAUGCCUUACAUAGGGAGGUAUAUCAGAAAAAUGAAAAAGAAAUGCGGUUUAAGUUUGGUGAUGAGAAUUUCAGAUUCAGUUUAGCUGAGUUUGCUGUUGUGUCUAGUUUACUGUGUGUUGGUGAUUCUGAUUUGAGUAACUAUACACACAGAGAAAAUGCUUUUGUUGAUCGAUAUUUUUGUGAUCAGUCAGUGACGGUUAGUGCUAUUGAGCAUAGGUUAUGUAUAGUGAUUUUAAGUCAGAUGAGUAUGUUGUGAAGAUGGUUGUUUUGUACCUUGUUACUAAUUGUUUGAUUAGUAGCGUUUACUCAAAAAAAGUUCCUGUUAAGAUCCUAAACAUAAUUGGGGUUGAUGAGUAUGGUAGUUUCCCAUGGGGUAUACCAGUGUUUGAAUUAACUUUGAACAAUUUAAAAAUUGGGCUAAGGGGUGUUAAGAAGGCAAAAGGUGUUUCUAAGCCUCUUGCUAAGGUUAAAGGGAAAUAUUUGGAAAAGGUUCAUCGCUCUUAUAAACUUCCUGGUUUACCUUUUGCAUUCUUGGUUUGGUUGUAUGAAACCAUUCCUUUGUGCUUGAAGGCUCGGUUUUGUUCCUAUGAUUCUGGUAAACCAUAUAGGUUUUGUAGAUGGAAGAGUAUUGUAAAUCCAAAUUCAAGUGAAGUUGAGAGGAAAGUUCUAUCUUCAAAUAAGGUAUUUUAUAUAUUUUGUAAAUUGUUUAUUUUGUUGUUUUAAUUAUAUCUUGUAAACUAAUUAUUUUUUUUUGUUUUGCUAGCUGAAAGGAAAACAUAUUGUGCCUACUGAUAUUAAAAGGAAUGGUUUAUUGGUCCUUACUGGAAUGGAGUUUAUUGGCCGAGAACAGUCAGAAGAUGACUUUGAUGAUGUUCCAUUGUUAAAGUUUAAUGUUGAUAGAGGUGGAUCUUCAGGUGUACAGAAGGAGUUUACUGGUAGUUUUGAUGUCGAUGGUGUGAUGCGUAAGAUGAAAGAUUUUGUUUCUAGGCAAAAGAAGACUGAUGAGUCUAUUCAAGUAUUGGAUAAGGUGUUGGAGUGUAGAUUCAAGGAGUUGCAGUUAAAUCUUCAGUCGUAUAUUGACUCAAAGAUCAGUGAAGGCUUGAUUUUUUUUUUUAUUAUUAUGGAAUUGAAGUUUAAUAAAUUGAUGGAAGCUAUUGAAAAUGCAAAAAUUUCUAAAGAUGGAAAUGAUAGUCCUAAUGAGAGUGAUGACAAGGUUGGUUUUUUUAUUAUGUUUAUUUAUUUUUAGUUUAUUUCAUGUUUCUUUGUUUUCAUAUGUUGUUUUGAUUUUGUUUUCUUUUUCUGCAAGAAUGAUGAUUUAAAUGAUGUUGAAGUUAUUGGUGUGAAAAAUCAAGAUGCAAUGGAAACUAUUGGACUUGAUGAGAAUAUUCAAUAUACCCAGGUUAUUUUUGUUUUGUAAACUAGUAUAUUGUUUAUUAUUUAUUGUUUUUGUUUGAAUAUUUUAUGUUUGUUUUAUUAAUGUUUCUAUUGUUUAAUGGGUUUAUUUAUUUUUUUUUUGUAGGUUUUUAAUGAUGAUGCUCAUUCAUUUGAUAUUAUGAGUUUUAUUUCUAGUAACCCUGAAUGGUUUACUGAAGAAAAAAAGAAUACUGAUAAAGUGAAUGAUGAAGAACAGGUUGUUGAUGAUCAUGACCUUUUUAAGGAUGUUGUUAAAAAAUCUAAGGAGGAUGAAGAUGAUGGUGGAGAUGACCAGGCAAGUUUAUUUAUUAUUAGGUUUUUCUUUAUUUAGAUGAUUGGUUACUUUGUUCUUUUUGGUCUAUGUCAAAUGUUCUUUAUUUUGUUUUGUAUAUUUACAGGGUUUGGGGGGGUGGUGAUGCUGUUAAAACUAUUGGUUCAGAUGGGACAAAUAAAGACAAUGUUGAGGGAAAGAAUAUUGAAGAAGCAAAAGAUGUUGCAGAUGGGAGUAAUAAAGAUAAUGUUGAAGGGAAAGCAGUUGAUGUAGAUGCAAGUGUAAAUGAUGUCGAGGGUGUUGCUAGUAAAGGAAAGUUGUUUGAUAGUCAAGGAACUGAUCAUAGUAUUACUGUGUCUGCUUUGGAGAUUAUAAAUGAAAAGAUUGAUGCUUAUGAGGGAAGCAUUAAAAAGGUUUGUCCUUUUUUUUUGUUUAUUGUAUACUUUUUUUAUUUAGUUUAUUUUAUAUUUUGAUUCAUUUUGUCAUGUUUAAUUUUUUUUUUUUGUUUCUAGGAUAAGUCUUUAAAUAAAUUAGAGGCAACAAAUGCUGAUGUUUUAUCUACCUAUGGUUUGGACAAUGUUUGUUUACUUUUUGUUAUUCUUGUUUAUGUUCUAAGUGUUGAUUUUGGUUUAGUAGUUUUAAAUAUAUUUGUAUUUUUUUUUUGCAUGAUAUUAUGAUUGAUGUUGGUGGUGAGAAGAAAUAUGGUUCUCAAGAAAGUUUUUCUGUAUCUACCAUGGAGGUUGUUAAUGAUCAUUUGGUUUCCUAUGAAGACAGUUUGAAAAAGGUUUUUUUUUUUAAUUUUUUUAUUUUAUUUGUUAGUUUGAUUUUUUUUUUCUUUUCACAUUAUUUUAUUUGUUUGCAAUUGUUUUGAAUGCUAGGGAAAAUCUAUAAAAUUAGAGGAAACAACUCCUACAGUUGGAAAUAGAGAGAGGAAACCUAGUUCUGUAUACAACAGUCCGUAUACCACAGAAUUUGGUUGAGGUAGUAUUGGUAAACCAAAAGGUGGACGUCCUGGAUCAUGUGCUUUUGGCUUUGGUUUUUUCAAUGUGAUCGAUGAUGUGCAAGCUAAAUCUUUUGAUCAGUGGUUUAAGGUUGGGUUUAAUGAUAAAAACAAAGUGAAGAAGUUUAAAGAAUGUCAUAGGAAGCUUAAGGUUCCAUUGGAUUUUGUGGUUUGUCAAAUCGACGAUAAGAUGUGUAUCUAUGAUUUGCUUACUGUUGGGAAGAACUUGUCAUGCUCGGUUAGUGUGUUAUUAUAUUUUUUUUUGUUUAUUGUUUACUUUUUCUGUGUAUUUGUUUAUAAGUUUGGAUUGUUCUAUGUUUAUUGCAGCAUAUUGAUGUUUGUUUCUACUAUUUGAGAAAGAAGUUAAAGUAUGAUCAGUCUGUGAAAAUUUCUGGUAACACUACUGAUUUGCUUCUCUAAUUUUUGAUUUAUAUAAUGAGUUUGUUGCAAAUGGUGAAAAUAUUGAAUCGGUUAAGAAGGAUUCUAAGGCAGCUGCAUACAUAGCCGGGUUUUAUAUGUUAUGCAGUAAACUUUGGGCUGAGCUUGAUUUCGUUCUAAUGCCCGUUAACAUGAUUGUUCUUGCUCAUUGGAUAUUGUGUAUUCUUGACAUUAAGAUGAGAUGCUUAAAAGUGUUGAAUUCUAUGAGGUUUGGGAGGUACAAGAACAACUCAGAGAGUUUUGUUCGUGCAUUUGCUGUAAUAAUUCCUAUCUUGCUGUCACAUGUUAAUUUCUAUGAGGGGAGAAAAGAUAUUGACAGGAGUAGUAGGCACUGGCAAUGUAAAAAAGAUACUGAUGCAUUUGAUAUUGUCGUGGUUGAUAAUUUACCACAACAAGAGGAUAGGUAACUAUCUUUGUUUAUUUUAUAAUUAUGAUUCUAUGUUAUUGUUUAUUUUUUGUUAUCUGACAAUUGUUAUGGGUUUAUUCUGUGAUGUAGUGAUUGUGGUGUUUUUGUCAUAAAGUAUGCUCAUUUCUUUAUGCAUGGAUUGAUUGAUAAGAUUCCUAAGAAGUUGGACAUUGCAUUCACUCGUUAGAAGUUUGUGUUGAUCUGUUUGUUCAUGCAAAGAAGAAGGAGUUGGGUGGGUACGAGUCUACUUCGUAGAAGCCAGGAAGGAUGCCAUAGAAUUCUGUAAUAGAACAACAUGUUGGAUUCUUAGUUUACAUUUUUUUGAACUUUAUGUGUAUUUUUAUGUCAUGUUGUUUUGAUUUUAGGUUUGUGUUUAUUUAAGUAACUUUUUUGGAACAGUAAUAUUUUUAGGAGACUCUUGCCUAUUUUACUUUUGAAGUAACCUUUUGGUUUAUUGGCACAUUAUGUUUGCAGUUUUUUAAGUUUUUGUACUUCUGUGAGACAAUAUGUUAAUCUUUUGGAAUUAGAAGUUAGUUUUAGUGUUCUAGCUUUUUUUAUGUGAUAUUUGUUUAAUUUGUUUGAUCUUAUAAACCAAAUGACAUUUAUGUAUACAUAUAUUUGGUAACUUGUUAUUUUUAACAUAUUAUUUCAUAUAGAGGAGGCAAAAAAAAAACUUACUUGAAUUUAAGCGAAUGGUAAUCAUUUUAUUAAAAGUUGGUAUUAAUACAUUGAAAAGCUUUAUCAACUAACAAUUAUCAUUGUAAACUGUUUUUGUAUACUGUCUAUUUAGUAACCAUGUUUGAUGUUUACAUCAACAUUUAUUUAUUUUACUUCAAAGUUUAAAGGCAAAGCUUUAUGCUGUAAUCAAGAUCUUAUGAUCUUUUUCUUUUUCUUGGUGGUUUUAGUACUGGGUCAUUUUUACAUGAUCUUUUGUUGUGUCCUUUUUGGCGACAUUGACCGCAUACUACUUGUGCUUUUGCUUCAAGUCCAUUUUUGUAUCGUUGUUUCUUUGGUCUUCCAACAGCUCUCUUAUGUUUAGGUGGGAGGACUACAAUAUUUUUUUAUUAAAUCUGGUAUACUCUAUGAUGUUGCCUCACCUAAUGGGAGUAUACUGUCUUCAUAUGUUGCCAUAAAAGCUUCUUUUGUGUAGUAGUAUGAGCAAUAUUUGUAGCAAGACAGGUUCCUUUUGCUUAGUACAACCAUUGCAUGAGAGCAAGGCAUUUCAUCAUAUUCAAAUCGUUGGCAGCUGCAUGUUUUGUUCUCCAAGUUUACUAUGUGAGAUCUAGUGUUGUCGUGUACUUGGUAUACCAGAAGAUUUGCUUUUUCAACCUGUAUUAAUCAAAUAAACCAUUAUUAAGUUUACAGCAGAGUAAAUAUGUUUGUAAGCAAUUUUUAUUUUUCUGUAUAUAUAAUUACCUUGUACUUUAAACUCAUAUCUUUUUGUUUCUUUAAUAUUUUUUCAGGUAUUUUUGCCAGUGUUGUUGUAGUUUUUUGGGCUCUAUUCUUGUUUUCCCAAUACCAUCUUUGCACCAAUGAAUGUAGGCAUUCUAGUAGAGCUGCGAUGGGUAGGUCUCUUACUGCUUUCAAGGCUGGAUUGUGUUAGGCUAUUUUUAGCCUAAGUUUCGGGUCACAUUUUAUAGUUGUUUUUCUUUUUUAUUAUAAUUUUUGGAAUAUAAUUACGCUUGUUUUCUUUGAUUUCAGGUUUCUACACUUGGGAUGUAUAAAUUGGACAAAUUUCGGAAAACAGUCAUCUAUAAAAUAGAGAAAAUUUUGAAAGAGAAUAAAGCUGAAACUUUAAGCUUGAAUUCGAAUAUGUUCUGAUCAGAUUUUGGACAAAGUCAAAACAUAAGAGUUUUAGAUCUCUUUUUUAUCUUUCCAACGCAUCUCGAAUUAGCUAAUUUGGAGUUCAUAUGAGAAAGUUAUGCCCAUUUUACUAAAAGAGAUCGAAGUAGAAAAUUCCAUCUCGCCGUGGCGAGAUUUCCAUGGCCGCGGCCAUAAAGUCUGGGCAGAAACUGUUGGAAUUUAUUUUACCAGGAUCUUAGAUCUACUCACAAGUAUGUUUAUUAACACCCUAAAUAUGAACUUUCUAAAACGAUGAAAUAAACACAUAUAAAGUUUAGGAAACCUUACAUUGGGUGCAGCGGAACAUAAUGACUCCUUCCGUUCAGAUAUCUAGCCCUUGAUUCCUUUCUGUAGCAGAGCAUUAUCAAUAUCUGAACCUGAAUCUCUUUCUCUGAAUCUUUGAUGCUGAAACCUCCUUCUUGCUAAAAGUCUUUCUUCACGAUCUUCCUCACUAUGGUUGAGGUAUCACUUGAUGUGUGUGGGCACUACUCAUACACUAAGUAUUUCGAAAUCUCAAUGAGGAAGAGAGAGAGAGUGGGUUCGGCCAAAGAUAGGGAGAGAGAAGGCUCAGUUUUUUCUGAAUGAAAAAGUAGAAAAUUUAAGUGUAAUUUUUCUGAAGCCUUCACUAUCUAUUUAUAGCAUUCCACUAGGCUUAGGUUUGAAUUAUUUGGCAUUAAAAUAAUGAAAAUAUCAGUUUAAAAAUUUAAACCAAGUGGCCGACCAUGUACAGUAAUGGGCCUUACUUGGAUUUUGCAGUUUUCUCAAUUCUGCAUCUCAUUUUCUCAAAAACGCCAAUUUUCAAAUUCAACCAUUUAAAUGCCAAUUCUAACUAUUUAAUAACUAUAAAUAAUUAUUAAAUAAUAUUGUCAUUUAUCAUAUUUAUUAAUUAAACCAUACAAAGUAUCAUAAUUAACAAAUAUGCCCCUAUAAACUCUUUCUUUACAAUUUCGCCCUUACUUAGUGAAAAUUCAUAAAUAGACAUAGUCUAAUUUGAGAAUUAUAAUUGAUUAAUCAAAACCAAUUAUAUGAGUCUUACAAGCAAUAUUAUCUCAACUAGUGCGGGGACCAUGGGUCUAUAUAACCGAGCUUCCAAUAAGUAGAUCAAGAAUUUAUUACUAAAAUUCACUAACUUAUUAAUUCUUCGUUGAAUCCAUGCAUAGAACUUAGAAUUGCACUCUCAGUUAUAUAGAAUGCUCUAUAUGUUCCACCAUAUAGACACAUCAUUAGUUAUCCAUUGUUAUAAUCCUAAUUUGAUCAAUGAUCCUCUAUAUGAAUGAUCUACACUGUAAAGGGAUUAGAUUACCGUAACACCCUACUAUGUAUUUUAUCCUUAAAACACUUGACCCCGUAUAAAUGAUAUUUCAGCUUAUGUGAAAUGAGUACUCCACCAUUUAUGUUCGUUUGGUCAAGCUCGAAGGAGAUCAUCCUUUGCUUACUAUUCGCCAGAUAGAAGCUAUAGAUUCCAUGUUUAUGCUAGCGCUCCCACUCAAUU